AAACUGCUGAACAGCACUGACAUUAUUCAGUCAGGCAGGCACACAGCAAGACAGACUUUUCAUUAAACAUCCAGUUUAUUUAUUUCAGAUCAGCACCUAACAUGUUGCACAGUUUGAAUCCCCAUCAGCAGCAGACUGGAGGUUUCUCCUUUGAAAACACCCGCAGAAAUGCAGUUUUGGAGUCCAAUUUGUCAGAAGCCGGAUACAAAGCUCCCAAUGCCAGAAAGACAGGAACCACCAUUGCUGGGAUGGUUUUUAAGGAUGGAGUGGUUCUAGGAGCAGAUACAAGAGCCACAGAUGAUAUGGUGGUGGCUGAUAAAAACUGCAUGAAGAUUCACUAUAUUGCGCCAAAGAUCUACUGCUGUGGAGCCGGCGUGGCUGCCGAUGCGGAGAUGGCCACGCAGAUGAUGGCGUCCAACGUGGAGCUCCAUACGCUCAAUACUGGCCGACCACCCCUUGUGGCUAUGGUUACCAGACAGCUGAAACAAAUGCUGUUCAGGUACCAGGGCCACAUGGGCGCAUCGGUGAUAGUAGGAGGAGUUGAUGUGACCGGAGCUCACCUGUACAGUGUCUAUCCACAUGGCUCCUACGAUAAACUGCCUUUCCUCACCAUGGGUUCUGGGGCUGCUGCUGCUGUGGCAGUGUUUGAGGACAGAUUCAAACCAAACAUGGAGCUGGAGGAUGCAAAGCAGCUUGUAGGAGAUGCAAUUGCUGCAGGGAUAUUCUGCGAUCUGGGUUCAGGCAGUAAUGUGGAUCUGUGCGUCAUCACUGAGGCCGGAGUUCAAUUCUUGCGAGGUUAUGACAAGCCCACACAAAAAGGAAAAAGAGAGGGACAGUACAGGUAUAAGCCUGGCACCACAGCCGUCCUGACCAAAACUGAGACCCCCCUCUCUGUGGAUGUCGUCCAUGAAUCAGUUCAAAUGAUGGACACUCAAUAAAAUGGAGAAAAAGAGCAAAAGUAGUGUAUUCAUCGUUUUCAAAUAAGUCUGAAUGUUAAAUUGCAAAAACAAUGUUCACAUUUGGUAAUAGAUUAUUUUUUGUCAAGCACACACAUGUUGUGCAGUUAGCACAACUGCAAGGGAUCUAAAUGCACUACCUUGUGUUGUGCCUUUCUUUUUCUAAAACCUGCAACGUCAUGAAUAAAGGCUCUUUGUCAGGCAUGUGUUUGC